UUAUUGUGUAAUGUUACAUGUUCUCUUCGACAAAACAUCGAAUGUAAUGUUGGUAUUUGUGAAUAUAAAUGCCCCGCCCCCAAGUAAGCAUGGUGACAGGGAAAGUGUUUGAGUAUUAAAUAUUACACAUGCUUUUAGAAGCAAAAUGGAAAUACAUUGGAAAUAUUUUUUUCUGUUGUUAUGGUUUUCAUACUUGUUCAUGUCGGGAGUGUUGUUGUUUGCACGCGGGUUUCUGCUUAAUCGAGAAGUACUACCUCACAAAUCUAGGUGUAUACCGGCCAAUGUUUGUGGAAAUACAAGCCGCACUAAUAGUAAUAACAUUUCUUUACAAAGUGAAAACAAUGAAGGUUUUAGCACACAAUCAGGACAAUGCAGACAAGAAGAGCUAUGGACGGAAAAAAUUGAUAUGAUUGGGGAUCAGCAAACAUGUUGGUUAAGUAGGACAAAAGUGGUGUUAAUUGUUAUUGAUGCUUUGAAGUUUGAUUUUGUCUAUUUUCAUGAAAAGCUGCAGGAUCAGGAACUACUCCCUUAUCAAAAUAAACUAAAAGUAAUUAAUGAUUUACUGGCCAAGGAACCAGACCAUACUAGACUGUUCAAAUUUAUUGCUGAUCCACCAACUACUACAAUGCAAAGGUUGAAGGGCCUGACAACUGGAAGUUUACCUACAUUUGUUGAUAUUGGAUCCAAUUUUGCUACACCAGAGAUAAAUGAAGACAAUAUUCUCGAUCAGAUAAAAUCUCAAAACAAAAAUAUUGUGUUCAUGGGUGAUGACACUUGGUCUGGAUUGUAUCCAAAGAGGUUUAUCAGAGAAUAUUCAUAUCCAUCAUUCAAUGUAUGGGAUUUAGAUACAGUGGAUAGUGGAAUAAUGAACCACCUUAUGCCAGAAAUACUGAAGAAAGAUUGGAGUCUUUUAAUAGCACAUUUCUUAGGUGUGGACCAUUGCGGGCAUAGAUAUGGUCCUUAUCACUCUGAGAUGGCCAGGAAGUUGAGUGAAAUGAAUGAUAUGAUCAGAUCAGUGGUGGAUACAGUUGAUAAUCAUACAAUGUUGUUUGUGAUUGGUGAUCAUGGAAUGACAAGCACAGGAGAUCAUGGUGGGGACAGUGAUGCUGAAGUUACAGCAGCCAUGUUUGUUUUCUCUCGAAAGCCCCUUCUGUCAACAGAAAUCUUCCCACAUUCAGAUACAGUGAAUCAAGUGGAUUUGGUUCCCACACUUUCAACCAUUUUGGGUUUACCCAUUCCGUAUGCAAAUCUGGGUUCUGUUAUACUUGAAGCAUUGCCUUCCCUGACUGAAGGGAAAGAUAUUCUCUCAGACUGGAAAUUUGCUUUAGAAACCUUGUGGAUAAAUGUUCAGCAAAUUAUGGAAUACACAAGGCAUUACUCGAAAAAAACCAACCAGUUUUCACAAGAGAGACUGAGCUUAGUACAAAUGAGUUACACAAUGCUCAAAGAAAAUAUAAAAUCUAUAUCCAGUUUAGAAGAUUUUGUAAAUUUUUCCUCACGUGUUAAAAGUCAUCUGUCGUUAGUGAGACAAAUGUGUGAGGAAGUCUGGGUGCAAUUUGAUGCUGUUUUGAUGUACAAUGGUCUACUGCUAACUUUUGUAUCAGUAUUUUUCAUUUUCUUGUUAGUUGAUGGUGUCCCUGGUGAUCAGUUAAAGGAAACACUUAGUGGAACAUUUCAGUAUAUUAUAAUUGGUUGUCUGGUGUUCACUGCAUUUGGGACAUUUAUUUGUUAUUUAAUAAACCUUGGUAACAACAUAGAAAUAUCAUUAUAUUUUGCAGCUGGAAUAUUGUCCAUGAUUAUGGUAGCACUGAUCAUCAUUCGUAGUUGGGCAGCUAUCUCCAGUCAUUGGCAAAAUCAGGUUAAGUCAAAUGAUUGGCUCAGUGUCAUUGGAAGGGUCUUACUCAUACUCAGCUUGUGUGGGUUGUUUUCUAAUAGUUAUGUUGUUGAGGAAGCUACAGUCUUGUCCUACUUUCUUCUUACAAUGGCAUGGCUGCUUGUAUAUAAUUUCAAACCUUCAAAGCCAGAACCUGCAGGAAGAGUUAAAACCUCUGAAAGACAGUUGCCAUCAUGGUUUAAUAAAACUUUACUAACACCACUCAAGUUUAAGCUGUUUAUGUUUGUCACACUGUUGAGUGUGUUGGUCAGAUUGUCACAGUAUUAUUGGCUGUGCCGAGAAGAACAGAUAGGUUGUGAAUCCUCUGCAUUGCAUAAGGCUCAUUCAUUCGCCAGUCUUGUCAAUAUGAGGUAUUGUAAUUCACAGUGGUUCUUCACUCUGAUUUGCCUUGCACUUUUUGUCACUGUAGGCCGUAUAUGGUUGCGAAGUUGUGGCAACCUUGUCGGCUUCUCCCCAACUGUAACUAUAGCUCGUUACGGCCCUACCAUCAUUGUUGUCUGUACAGCUGGAUUCUGGGUCUUGCAAAGUCUACCAAAUGACACAAAAUAUAAGCUAUUCUUACCACUACAGAUUCAAAUCCUGCCAUGGAUUGUUUACACUGUUAUAUUUGUUGCGCUUAUGACUACAUUGUUUCAACCGCUGAGUAUUUUUGUAGUUCCCAGGAGGAAAGACAGUAUGAUUCUCCCAGUAUAUGGACAGACAAACAUCAUUCCUCACCUUUUCAAUCAAAUGAAAGAGCUAAUGAGAGGCCGAAGCAAGUCAGGCGUUGCUGGAGGUGAUGACAGUUUAGGAAAGGAUGUUCCCAUUGUGUAUGGUCUGGCAACAGUGUACAGUUCAGUGUUUGUAAAUGUCUGUGUGUUUGUAUGUUUGUUGGUUGCUCUGCUCUUGGGAGAUACAAUGGCUUCAUCUGUGGUGCUAAUGUAUACUACUAGCAUAGUGCUGCUAAUCAUCCUUUCAGCAAUACAGUAUGAGAAGUCAUUUUAUACAGCUCAGCUGUUUAAAGUCCCCUGGUCUUCGGUCAUAUGCUGGGGAUUUCUGACUGUGUAUUUCUUCUAUGGAACUGGACAUACUACAACAUUCCCUGGUAUCCAAUGGGAGGCUGCAUUUGUGGGGACGGGUGGUCAGUUUUCAAAUCAUGUGGUGCCUGCUCUGCUUGUCUGCCUCAACACAUUUGCUGCACACGUUGUACUGAGUGUGACGCUACCUGUACUACUGGUGGCACCAUUCACCCUCCAUGUUAUGUUCCCCAAAAUGUUGCCAUCUGCCGACAAGGACAGCAUUAAGAGCAAGGACAUGAAACGAGGGGAACUUAUUCUGUACGAGAAAGCUGACUUGUUAUAUCAAGAGGCAUUUAUUCUUUGUACCAAGUAUAUCUUGUUUUUUGGAAUUAGGAUGUUUAUGUGCAUGCUCGCUGCUACAGUCCACUGCCGACAUCUCAUGGUAUGGAAGAUCUUUGCUCCAAAGUUAAUCUUUGAAGGCCUGGGUUUAUUUGUAGUACUUCCUUGUGUUCUCGUGAGUUAUCUGCUUGUAAUUCAAAUCACAACUCAUAUAAAGGCGCUGUUGCUGAGAUUGGACAAGGAAAGCAGCCCAUAAACACCGAGGAAAGAACACCUCGUAUACACAGUGUGGGAAGACCCCACAGUUGGUCUGGAUGUGGUGACUGAUCAUUCAGCCUGUCAUAUGAUUGAGCUGUCCCAGCUUGUUUUAUUAUACUGAAUGGAUCUUGAACGGGAACAAAAUGCUGCUGUUGUGCCUUCUCUUCUUUGUUACUCUGACAGUUAUGCAUUGAGGAUUAUAUGUUUAAUGAUAUAUCACUCUUGUCAAGCAGUAUGUAUUUUCAAAAUAAUUAACCCCUUCCAUGCUAAACUUUUCAUUAUAUAUUUUCAUGGUAACUUAUAUUAAGGAUUUAGGAUGCUGAAGUUGAUUAUUUUAAAGUGCCCAGACAUUAGAAAAUAGUGAUAUUUGAGGUUCUCAUGGUGAUGAGUUUGAAGAUGGUUGUCUUUUGAGAUGAAGGCAAUAGGCUUCUCUGAGACAUCAGUCUGCAUCUGCUACACUGUUACAUAAUUCUACAUAUCAGAAGACAGCCAUCUUCAUGAUUAUAACAUUUAUUUUCACCAGUUAUAUCACUCCUGAAGGAUAUACAGGGGUGAAGGACUAUAGGAAAUUGUUGGAUGAAGUCUUCAUUUUAAUGUUUCCGAAGAGUUAUGUUUCACUGUCCCCGUGACCAUCAAGAGGUUUGUUUUGAAUAUGCUGUUUCUUUUUUGUGACCCUUUUAAUUUUUUAUUUGUAGGGCAAGGAAAUAGUCACAGUUUUGCCUUUAAGGUUGUGAAGAAGAUAAAGAAGCAGUUGUAGUCAUUGUUCAUAGUAGAUGUAGUAGACUUAUUUAUUUUGAGUUAUAAAAAAUUGCUGAUUCUGUUGCAUAUUUUAAACCACACAUUGUUAUUGUUUAUUGUUAUAACACUGCCAGCACUGUAAAGUACAGCCACCUGGAAGCUGUUGUAGUUGUUUUUGAAUGAGUACUUCUGUAAUUUCUAUAAUAUGACAAUUAAAAAUUAUUCACAUUAUUUUAUGUUCUA